AUGAGAAGAAACGGCAAAGAGCCUACAAUACAAUGUUUCAUGUGCCCUAGAGAUGUGAACGGGUAUUUGUAUUUUGGUUUGCAGAUUAGAGGUGAUACAACUCACUAUGAUGCUGUUGCGAAUUCAGCAGCAUCUGGAGUACUCCCUGCUGGAUUAGCUUCAGGAGUCCCAUGCAUCUUUGGUGUUUUGACCUGCGAUGACAUGGGACAGCUGAGCAUUGCUUUUCUUUUGUCACAUCAUAGCAAUUUCCUUUAUUUUUAUGUGGUGGAAUGCCAAAUUACGCGAAGUUCGACAAUCGAGAGGUACAAGAAGGCUUGCUCCAACAAUUCGAACUCAAGUUCUGCUGUAGAGAUCAAUUCUCAUCAAUAUUAUCAGCAAGAAGCCGCGAAGCUACGCCACCAAAUACAGAUUCUACAGAAUGCAAACAGGUAUUUGAUGGAUGAGUCAUUGAGUAAUCUCAGUGUUAAGGAGCUCAAGCAACUUGAGAACCGGCUUGAAAGAGGAAUCACGCGAAUUCGAUCAAAGAAGCAUGAACAGCUGUUUGCGGAGAUUGACUACAUGCAAAAAAGGGGAAAGGAAGCAGAUCUUCAAAAUGACAAUAUGUACCUCCGAGCUAAGAUUGAAGCAACAAGUAGGAUUUGA